AGCUUCUAUACGAAUUCCGAAUAAUUGUUCCCGGACACUUAAUACUCAACGCCACAACACACCAAUUCGAGCUCAGGAAUUAACUUCACUGAGACGCAAAGCUUUCAUCGCCCAGCAUGAAGGCAUUUUUGUUCGCGAUCAGCUCGUUAGCACCUUUGCUGGCUAGUACGGUCGGUGCUAGACACAUCAAGAAGCUUCCUACCAGUCCUCACGUCGUUGACAGAAGCAUUGAGGACUUGCCGUUCAUCGCCCACGUUGAUGCUCGACAGGAAGGCAAUGGUCGUCCGACUUCUUACGUCGCGCAGUAUUUCAACCAGAAGAUUGACCACUUCCCAACCAGUGAUCGAUACCUCCCUCACACCAAUGACACUUUCAAGCAGACGUACUAUGUUGACGACAGCUACUACAAGCCUGGCGGACCCGUCUUCUUGUACAUUGGUGGAGAAACCAGUGGCCGUAGUCGGUGGUCUAAUAUGCAGACUGGCAUCAUCCAGAUUCUGAUGGAAGCAUUCGACGGUCUUGGUGUUAUCCUCGAGAAUCGCUACUACGGAACCAGCUACCCUUAUAACACCUCGACCACGGAUGAGUUGGCCUACUUGACCAACGAGCAGACAAUUGCCGACUUCGCCAAUUUUGCUCAGAAUGCCAAUCUCCUCGGCAUCGACGAGGACCUUACAGCACCAAACACUCCCUGGAUCCUUUACGGAGGCAGUCUUGCAGGUGCCGAGACAGCCUUUGCCGUCAAGCAGCACGGUGAUGUCCUGUAUGGUGGAAUUGCUUCGAGUGCUCCCAUUUGGCUCUCUGUCGGCUACUCCAAUUGGUACACUCCGAUACAAAAAUAUGCGCCUCAGGAUUGCGUAACUCGCAUCAACCACAUCAUUGACAAUUUUGAUGCACUCGUGGAUGCUGGCAACCGUCCUGCCGUCGAGAAGUUCAAGUCCCUCUUUGGUUUCGAAUCCCUCACCGAUGACCGCGACUUCGCCACGGCGAUCGCCAACCCAAUCGGUAACCCUGGGUUCUACGAAGCAGCAACCUGGCAGGAGCUGAACUGGAACCCAGCGUACGGUUCCAACGACUUUUUCGAGUUCUGCGGCAACGUGACUAACCUGGACGCGCCCGAGAAUAUCACGCAGGUCGACUACACCUUCGCCAACUACACAGGCGGCCUACCCUGGGACGGCCUAGGUGGCUAUGCCGACUACAUCAAGAAGUACCUCAUCCCCAACUGCGCGGGCGGUGACCUCAACAGCAACGACUGCUGGGGCACGCAGAACGCGAGCUGGUGGGCGGACACGUCGAACUCGGGCACGCGCUCCUACCUGUACACGUCGUGCGUGGAGCAGGGGGCCUACAUCGACGCGCCGGCCAGUGGCCCGGCGCUGCUCUCGCGCGUCGUCGACACCGCGUACGAGCAGCAGUGGUGCGAGUGGGCCUUCCCGGCGGGCUCGCACAACGCGAUCCCGGCGUCCGGCCCCGACGUCGCCGCCUACAACGCCUUCGGCGGCUUCGACUUCCGGGCGGACCGCCUCGCCUUCAUCGACGGCGACCAGGACGUCUGGAACGACCUGUGCUUCCACUCGGACCUGGCGGCGUGGCCCCGGCCCGAGAGCACCGACCUCCACCCGCAGUACCUGAUCACGGGCGCAGGACACCACUGGGAUAGCUACGGCGUCCUGGACGUGGAGGCCGAGCCGCAGUUCAUCCGCGAGGCCCACAAGUGGGAGAUCCGCACAGUCAGGAAGUGGUUGGACGGCUUUGCAGACUGGAGGAGUGCUUCGGUGCCAGGUCGCGCUUACGGUGGCGGCAGCGCCUGAAGCAUGAAAAUGGCUUAGACAGAUGCAAGGAUUCCGAGCGAAUCAUGAUAUACUUGAGAAAAUACAGGUGUGCUGUAGACCCCUAUCCUAAAGUCUACCUAAAAAAGGUAAUAUAGAUCGAAGAUUGAGACAAGUUGGCCUUAUUGUGAAAGGUAAAUCAGCCAGUAUUGGCGGUGUAAUCGAUGACAGGCAGUAGUCGUAAGGUUAUGUCAAACGAGCU